AUGGACCAACGUCGAGAGGACAUCAUCCAGGAAAGGGAAGACCCCUCUUCGAGGUCGGAGAACUUCUCAGGGGAGGAAUUCUCCCCAGAUUCCCAUCUUCGACACGCCUUCCACCGACUUCAUCGAGAAGUCCUCGGCGCCUUGUCCACCCGGGGCAGAGAGGACCUGGACGACUUCCAGGACAUCGACAGGUUCCUCCUGGAGAGCACCUUGCACCCCAGGAACCUGUCGAACUUCUCCGAGAGGAACUUAUCCCAGGUCGACUCGGUCAGGGAACAUCCACAGAGAUUGUAUUAUCUCUAUGGCUCGCCCAUCCUUAUCUUCUUCUGCGUCCUUUCGGUCGUCGUCAACAUCAAGAUCCUCCUCAGCGUCUACUGGAUAAGGCGUCCUCUCAGCCCCACUUUGCAUAUCAGCCUUAGUCUUGCUGGGGCUGAUGCCUUUUCCGGCGUUAUUUUGGGAACUGGACUCGUUCUCAACAGUUUUCUACCUUAUGGACUUGGACUCAGGUUGACCGGAAUUGACUGCUUCGUGCUCUUGCUGGAAGCCAUUAGACUGGGAUCAAUCAUCGUGACGGUUGCUCACCUGACUGCCCUGGCUAUCAAUCACUAUCUCGGGAUCCUGAGACCUCUCCAUUAUCUCUCCAUCGUGACACGCAGGAAUACGAUACUUGCCAUAGCGAUUCUCUGGAUUUUACCUCUGGCGUUUUUCCUCUCGUACUUCAGUCUGGUGGAAAACGAAGGUUUCCAAUCCCAGGGCUGCGAGAACAUGAUGUUCUUGCAACACAAGCAGUUCCGGAUAAUGUUCAGUAGCUUGUUCUUCGCUCCCUUUCUGCUGAUGGUCUGCAUUUAUUCUCACAUAUUUUGCAUCGUGAGGAAGCAUCAAGCUUCGAGGCUUCGUUUCAGCAGAGCUGGCUCAUCUCGUCACAGGAACAAUGAUAACAGCCAACAAAGUACUCCUCAACAAAUGGUGAAGAACGUGAAGGCCAUUCACACCACUCUAUACAUCCUCGGAAGCUACAUGGUCGGUUGGAUGCCUGCAACAAUAAUCUUCGCUCUGGUUUGCAACGAUUGUCUCCUAAAUUUCGACUGGAUGUCGGAAAAAAACAAAUUCAUCUUGUACAGCUUGUUCAAUUGUCUGAUCAUUCUGAAGACACUGGUCAAUCCGAUCAUCUAUGCGGCGAGGAUGCAUGAAAUAAAGGUGGCUAAAAGGCAGAUGCACGCUUCUCUUUGCGGAUGUUUCGGUUUAAAUAGUCGAACAGGUGAACGAAUGGCAGUCGGUGUGAGUAGCGAAAGGGCUCCCAGCAAUCGAUCCUCCUUGUCGAAGACCGCAGUCUGCAGAUUGACUAGCAACGUCAGUAUCAGGAACUCCAAAAAUGGGAGUUACACUUGUACUUAUACUGGACACGAGAGCCAUGCUCGAGGAAAUACUAUUCUCUGAGAAAAUGAGAGACAUAUGUCUCUGACUCGCAGCUGUCCGGAAGCCUUUCGAUGGUUCGAGGACUUUUCACAUAUGGAGGAUAUCUGAACGCUAGGAGGUGCACAUUUUAACCUCGAAUUGGGAAUAGCUCUAAGAUCUUGCGGAAUUUCUCUUAAGCGUUUUAUAUCUUUGGCGUCUUCGGAUUGAGCUUACUCUGGAAUGUCUGGAUCACUCGAUGAGAUAGUCGUAGGUUAACUCACGAUGCAUCGUUAGACACUCUUUGUACAUAUUGUGGUCUUCUUUCGUUCACUUUUGCUCUUUGGAUGUUCAUAUGCUCACUACAUGUUCGCGAAUACGGUUUAACACUGCAGGAAUUAAACUGUGAACAGCUCAACGCAUUUAUAAGGAUCCUAUGAUGUUAGGUUA